CCCCUUCGUCGGGACCCCCCCUCCCCCCCUCCCCCCGGCCGCGCGCUCCACCCGCUCAGCCUGGGAUUUGUUUCUGAAUGCAGAGAGCACGAUGGCUUCCGAGCUCAGCAGGGAUUCGGCCUCUGCUCUCGCUUCUCAAGAAGCUGCUUCUGCCUCCUGUGGUUCUAACACAGAGGAAGGUCUCCCUGAUGGUCUCAGCCCAAGAGAUACAUCUGUGCAGGAAAACAAGAGCUUGUCUCUGUUGAUAGGAUCUAGCGACCAAGUGAUAACCAAGGAGAAUAGCAGAGAUGUUAGUUUGGAACAUGCAAAAACGAGUCCUGGUUCAUCAGCAGGUGACAUGUUACCAAGCACAGAGGACCAUUCGACUUUAGGAUGCGACUUAGAAUCCACAGCUCUUGAUCUUCCUGGAAAUGGUUCCAUAGACAUUCAGACUUUGUCCCUGGGGACUGACACUUGUCAAUCUGAUGUGGAAGAGUUGACCAUUGUAGCAAGAGAAGAGGAACACACACAGUCUGGGGAUAACCUGCAACCACCUUCUCUGCCUCAUGAGGCAGAGUGCCAUGUGAAUCAUUGUUCAGAAGAGGAAUUGCAAGCUUCUGUCGCCCUGGAAGGUAGCGAAGAUACAGGCCUGGAUUAUCCACCUCCACCAAAUGGGGAGAAUGGGGUUUCAGGAGACAGAGCUGGUCAGGAUGUGGAUCAGGAUGGCUCAUCCUUGAAGCUCUCUCAGAACAUUGCUGUGCAGACUGACUUCAAGACUGCUGAUUUGGAGGUGAAUACAGAUCAGGAUAUUGAAAAGAAUUUGGAUAAAAUGAUGACAGAAAGGACACUGCUGAAGGAGCGGUACCAGGAAGUAUUGGACAAGCAGAGGCAGGUGGAGAAUCAACUUCAGGUGCAGCUAAAGCAAUUACAGCAGCGCAGAGAAGAAGAGAUGAAGAGUCAUCAGGAGAUAUUAAAGGCCAUCCAGGAUGUGACCAUCAAGCGACAGGAAACAAAGAAGAAGAUAGAGAAGGAAAAGAAGGAGUUUCUUCAGAAGGAGCAGGACCUGAAAGCUGAAAUUGAGAAGCUCUGUGAGAAGAACAGAAGGUUACUGGAAAAUCAGGAGGAGAAGGAGAAUAAAAUUGUUUCUCUAAUCGCAGAACAGGCUGAGGAAAAGGAGCUAUGGGAGAUGGAGCUAGACAAGCUCAAGAAUCAGGAUGGUGAGAUCAAUCGGAACAUCAUGGAGGAAACUGAACGAGCCUGGAAAGCUGAGAUCUUAUCACUAGAAAGCCGGAAAGAGCUGCUGGUAUUAAAGCUGGAAGAAGCAGAAAAGGAGGCAGAGCUGCACCUGACCUAUAUCAAGUCAACACCUCCAACAUUGGAAACAAUCCGUUCCAAGCAGGAGUGGGAGACAAGAUUGAAUGGAGUUCGGAUGAUGAAGGAGAAUGUCCGGGACCAAUUUAAUAACCAUAUCCAGCUGGUGAGGAAUGGGGCAAAGUUGAGUAGUCUUCCACAGAUCCCUACCCCUACUCUGCCCCCACCCCCUUCAGAGACAGACUUCAUGCUUCAGGUGUUUUCACCUAAUCCUUCCCUGGCUCCUCGGAUGCCUUUCUCCAUUGGGCAGGUUACCAUGCCCAUGGUCAUGCCCAGUGCAGACCCUCGUGCCCUAUCCUUCCCAAUGCUGAACCCUGCUAUCUCAAGGCCCAACCAGCCCUCCCCACCUCUACCUGUCACCCAUGGGAGAAACAGUCCUGGCUUGGCUUCUCUUGUUGGCCCCCAUGGUCCACAUGUGUCCCCUGCUACCUCCCUCCCACCUCCACCAGGCUUGGGUGGUGUUAAGGCUCCCACUGAAUCUCACCGACCCCAGCCAGUGGACAAACUAGAAAAGAUCCUGGAGAAGCUGCUGGCUCGGUUUCCACAAUGCAACAAGGCGCAGAUGACCAACAUCCUUCAGCAGAUCAAGACAGCACGAACCACCAUGGCGGGACUAACGAUGGAGGAGCUGAUCCAGCUGGUGGCCGCACGAUUAGCAGAACAGGAGCGCUUGGCAGCGAGUGCUCAGCCCCUUGGUCGGAUCCGAGCUCCCUUGUUUCCUGCUCCCUUGGCUCAGAUAAACACUCCCAUGUUCCUGCCCUCUGCUCAGGUGUCUUAUCCUGGGAGGCCUUCACAUGCUCCAUCUACCUGCAAGCUGUGUCUAAUGUGCCAGAAGCUUGUUCAGCCCAGUGAGCUCCACCCAAUGGCCUGUGCCCAUGUGUUGCACAAGGAGUGUAUCAAAUUCUGGGCUCAGACCAACACAAAUGACACUUGUCCCUUUUGUCCAACUCUCAAGUGAUGGACCUGGCUGGAAAGGAAGAAGAGGAGAGACAGAUAUGAACAGGAAGGAGAGGGUUCAAGAUUCUAGAGCUCUAUAUUUAUACAGCAGUGUGUACUCAUGCCAUGUACAUUUUUAUUAUAUAGGUAAUGUGUGUAUAGAAAGUCUGUAUGCAAACAUUCAUAAAUGAAAGUAUGUAUAUUAUGCAGAA